GCUCCAUGAAUUUCUUGGUACGAACACGGAACGAACAGAGACAACCACGGCACAGAAUCAAUCAAUAAAAGCACAGGGUUACGCACACUCAAAAUGACCCAGUUUCUGAGAAACUAUCUCGCUUUGGCACUGGUGGCKAUCGCUAGCUUGACAGCGGUCCGUGGAUUCUCUGUUUCCAACGGAGAGACGAGGCGGGGGUUUGCGUCGUCGGUCGCAGGAAUUGUUACCGGAUCCUCGGCACUGCUKAUCGAUCCGUCUCGUGUGUUUGCCGAGGACGCUGCCGCGACGCCGCUGGCUCGCUACGAGAACAGCAACUGCAAAUUUUCCAUCGACCUGCCCUCCGAGUGGACCAUGACGGAGCAAUCCUUGCCUGACCGACGCAAGAUCAUCCUGUACAUCAAACCCGACUCCAACCAGAAGACACUUUUCUUCAUUGCCUUCACCCCUACGCGCGACGAUUUUACAUCGCUGGGGUCGUUCGGGGUACGUCCAUAUUUUGCUCGAUGGGGAAGGGCCGAAUCGGCGGUUCCCGGUCGUUUCCGRUUCACAUCGUGAAAACAAAGGAAAACUCAUGGUUGUUUUGUUUUUAAUCCGUGUUGGCCGGUGGCCGUCGCGGUUCAUUUUUUCUGUUGCAGUCGGUCGACGAGGUCGGACAGGCGACGAUUCUUCCAAAAGCCGAGCUUGCCGCGAAGCAGGGCAUCGAGAGCGAAAUGCUAAGCGCCGUAUCCAAGAAGCAGGCCUACUUUUUCGACUAUGUUCAAUCCGUCCCGUCGCAACCAAAGACCCAUUUCCGUACCAUUUUUAGCUUGGCAACCGGAGCGACCGGGGGAGCCGGAAAUGUAUUGGUGACCAUUACGGCCCAGACUCCAGAAUCAGACUAUGCUGCGAUGGAACCCUUGUUCAACAAGGUUYUGGAUUCCUACAAGAACGCCUAAUCAAUCAAAAAUUCGCAAUUUCUACGAUAAAGAUACAGUCAAAUA